ACAUGCGCGAAGAGAGGAGCCAUUGGCAGCACAGCCGCUGCUGCACGAGGACUCAGGGAAUACACGCGGAAUAUAAUACGAUCAAAUAAAAAUAAAAAGGAACCAAAAGACAUUAGAGAGAGGAGACACAGAGGGAGGAGACAUGAACCAGCUGGAGCGUCCAAAAGAGGAGGAGGACCACCAAGAGACAGACUGUCACCAUGACAACAGUGACGGGACCAACAAUAACAACAAUAAUAACCGACGCAAGGCGGUGUGUCCAGGUGUAGGUGAACACCCCCUCCAAUAUAACUACACCUUCUGGUACAGCAGAAGAACUCCGAGUCGUCCUGCAAGUUCUCAGAGCUACGAACAAAACAUCCGACAGAUCGGCUCAGUGGCAUCGGUGGAGCAGUUCUGGAGGUUCUACAGUCACCUGGUGAGACCAGGUGAUCUGAGUGGACACAGUGACUUCCACCUGUUCAAGGAAGGAAUCAAACCCAUGUGGGAGGAUGACUCUAACCGCAGUGGGGGGAAGUGGAUCAUUCGUCUUCGUAAAGGUUUGGCCAGUCGGUUCUGGGAGAACAUCAUACUGGCCAUGUUGGGAGAACAGUUCAUGGUGGGAGAGGAGAUCUGUGGAGCUGUGGUCUCUAUACGCUUUCAGGAAGACAUCUUGUCCAUCUGGAACAAAACGUCCAAUGACCAAAUGACAACGUCCAGAAUCAGAGACACUUUAAGACGAGUCCUGAACCUUCCAGCCAACACCAUCAUGGAGUACAAGACCCACAACGACAGUCUCAGGGACAACUCGAGUUUCAGAAACACAAAGAUCUCCCUCUGAAGACAAUCAUUAUCUCCUGUCAGGAUGCAGAUCACCAUGGUUACACUCUGCUCUGUCAAUGGCCAUGGGAGGGUUGUUUUUUUUUGUGUGUGUGUGUGUGUGUGUGUGUGUUUUUGAUCGUGGACCAAUAAACUGAACUGGACUGAAGUUGUUUGUUUUAUU